AUGGGAGGUUGGGUUGGUAUUUCAGUACACGGCAAAUUCCGUGUAACAACAGAGAAUUUGAUCUUUGCAAUGCCAGAAAAUGCUCUGGGAUUAUUUCCUGAUGUAGGUGCCUCUUAUUUCUUGUCAAGACUUCCUGGAUUUUUUGGAGCGUAUUUGGGUUUUACAGGUGCAAGCAUGGGCAGAACUACCUAG